AUGCGUCUGCUCUCCCUCCUCCUCACUCUGGCGGCAUGUGCCUCGGCACUGCCGAUGGACUGCGGUUGGGCGUGCCUGUUCACCGUGGAGGACAUCCCCUUUACCGGCAUCAACAGCAGCACCGUCGGCUUCUAUGUCUUCGCAUGCACCAACCCCCUGGCGGUGCAGUCCAUCUUCAUGUGUAUGCGGUAUUACUGCACAGAGCACGAGCAGCAGGUUGCCCUGAAUGCGUUUAAUGAUACCUACUGCCCCCUUUACGACGUUAAACUGCCGUCCUGGUCGAUCAUCGACAACAUCACCGACGCCGAGGCCGAGAAGGAGUGGCCUCACAUUGAUUAUGACACCCGUGCACCGACUGAGACCUUCUACACGCCCGUUUGGAUCGAGAGGUCCUACUACAAGAUCUGGUACCGCACAGAAAGCGAUUUCGAUAACAUCGAGGUCAAUUCCGACAAUUACGGAUAUGGAAUCCUCGGCUUCUGGGGCGCGGUGCUCUUCUUCGGCAUCGUCAACAACCUGUGUCGCUACCUCCGUCGCCAUCAUCGUCUCCCCCGUGCCUUCACCCUCUUCCAUAGAUACCUGGUGGUGCCGCCUGUGCUGCGCAGCCGGUCGACGGUUCCUGUCAUCCACUCGGAGAUCCCGCCGCUGAUGCAGACGCUGAUGAUCAUCAUCUUUGUCUGCCUCAAUCUGAUCCUGUGUUUCGUCACCUACGAUGCCUUCAGCCAGGAUCUCUUCUGGCACAGCAAAGCCGACCAGCUGAUGCGGUAUAUCGGCUGGCGCACCGGCGCCAUCUGCACCCUCAACAUCCCCUUCCUGUGGCUGUUUGGCAUCCGCAACAACCUCCUCAUCUGGAUGACCGGCUGGGAUUUUGCCACCUUCAACCAGUUCCAUCGCUGGAUCGCCCGCGUCAUCACCCUCGAGGCUCUUGUUCACACCGUCAUCUUUAUUGUCUUUGAAUAUCGAGCCGGCGGGAGAGUCUAUUUCAUGACCGAGUUCUGGCAAUACAUAGACAUCUACAUGGGAACCGUUGCAACUCUCUGCAUGAUGUUCCUCUGUGCCCUGGCCGUCUCCAGCUUCCGUCGGGCGGUCUAUGAUGUCUUUGUCUUGAUCCACAAAGCUCUUGCUAUAGUCUUCCUGGCCGGCCUUUACUAUCACCUUUUCUACGAUGGACCAGCAUAUUUGAACUACAUGUGGCCGGCCGUGGCUUUCUGGGUCUUUGAUCGCGUCCUCCGAUAUGGUCGCCUGGCCUACUGGAGCAUCGGCGCCCCUCGCGCCUUCGCCGAGUAUCACCGUGACGCCGAUGUCAUCCAGGUCACUGUUCCCGUUCGGCAGUCCAUCUCGCCGCAGCCGGGCACGUACUUCUUCCUGUACUCCGCCCACUCGCUGCAGGUCUGGGAGAGCCACCCGUUCACCCUGGCGGGCUGGCGCAGGGCCAGUUCCCCCGGCGGAACAGCCUCGGGGCGUGAUGAACUCAUCUUCCUGUUCCAGGUGCGCAAGGGCUUCACCUCGCGGCUGCGCAAGACGCUCUGCAACAGGACCGAUGGAGACGGAAACGGGGCCUGCAAGGUCCGCGUCAACGUCGAGGGCGUGUACGGCACACCAUACUCCUCCGGCCACUGCGCGCGCCAGCUGUUCGUGGUGGGUGGGAUGGGCGUCACUGUCGCGACGGCGUAUCUGCAGAGGUUCGCCGAGGCGAUCCAGCAGAACAAGUCUUCUGUGCGCGAGAUCCAUAUCAUCUGGGCCCUGCGCAAUUAUGCCCUCUUCCAGUAUAUCCAGGAGACGUGUUUGACUCUGUGGGAGCAGGUUCCCGUCGCCGACCGGGUUCAUCUCUCCAUGGACGUCUAUCUCACGGGCGAUGCAGACGUCCCCAAUACGCCCAAGGAGGUCACCUCGGAGAAGAUCUUCACCCCGGCCGUCGUCCCCAUGGAAUCAGAUAACGAUCAGCCACCAUCCACGCCUCCCUCCCAGGCGUCUCCCUGGACCAUCCAGUUCUAUAACGGACGGCCGGAUCUGACCGCGGCGGUGGUCUCGCACGCUCGCUCCUUCAGCUCCGAGGAGACUAAAUCCCUGGCCAUCAUCGGCUGUGGUCCUCGCUCCAUGACGCACUCCACGAGGGUGGCCAUCUCCAUGGCCAUGGAGAGCGAUCUGGAGGUCGAUUACUAUCUCGCGCCGUUUGAUUGGUAGUCAAAAGUUUAGAU